AUGCUCCCCUUGCUCCCCAUGCCCCCCACGCCCAACUACACCACCUUCCCCCUGCACUCUGCUCCUCUGCGCCUGCCCCUCCCCAUGGGCGGGGCGCAGGGGGGGCAGGUGGAGCAUGGGGGCGCGCAGCAGGGGGAAGGGGAGCAGAGGGGGGAUGCCACGUGGCUGCCCAUGCCACAUCAGCCUGCACAGCACGUGCUGCCACCUCAGCAAGACCAAGCGGCAGGAAGAGGAGGAGAAACGUGGGGCAGGGCGGCACGCGUAGCAGCGAGGGGGGCAGGCAGGAGGAAGAGGCGAGUGGAGCUGUGGCAGGUGGGGAGAGAGGGCGGGGAGGGCAGGGAGGGCAGGGAGGGCAGGGAUUGGGUGGAUGGUCCCCUCCCCCCACCACCACACAUGUGUCUGGCAGUGCUGCAGUGGGCGCGCUGUGAGUUCUUCUACAGCGCCAUCGACCGCCCCUGGUUCCUCCACAGCGACUUCCACCGCUGCCUCGCGCUCCUUGCUGCCCCGCCGCCCACCGCCCUCCCGCGCACGCUCUGGCGCCUGCUCCGCUGCGCCAUGGGCAAGCCGCGCCGCCUCUCCCCCGCCUUCCUGGCAGAGGAGCGGGCCAACCUCAACGCCUUCCGCGCUGCCGCCCGCGCUGCCCUCGCCACCGCUGCCGCCACUGCUGUUGGUAGCGCUGUGGGCGCUGCUGCUGGUGGUGGUGGUGGGGGGCAUGUGCGAGUGGGGGAGGCGGCGGCGCUGCUGACGGAGCUGCAGUGGCUCAACGCGCAUGCAGAGGGGCAGCUGGGGGUGCUGCAAGGGACAGAGGCAGAGGGGACCCAGGCAGGACGUGUGGCGGAGGGAGGGGUGGGGUUGGAUGAGUCGUUUCAGCGGCAGUAUGCCGUGGUGCUGCUGCAGCUCAGGGACACGGACAAGCAGUUGGACGAGGCCCUGCAAGCCCUCAGGAGUCGCAACCGCUUCCUCCAUCCGGCCCUCACCCGCCCCUCGCCCUCCCUCCUCCCCUCCCCCCACCCCACUCACCGCCUGCUGCCCUCCCCCGCUGCCCCCCCUCUCCUUGCCUCCCCCAUCCCCUCCCCCCUCGUCUCCGCUGCUCGCCUCCUCACUGCCUCCUCCUCCCACACUGCGCUCGCCAACGCCCCUCUGCGCCUCCCUCCUCUCAUUCCGCCACCUCCCCAAGCCCCCUCGCUUCCUCCGCUUUCCCUCCCACCCACCAUUCCCCCCCCACCUCCGCCGCACUUCCUGAGAGCCCCUGCCCCUGCACCGAUGGGAGAACUGGUGGGGGAGGCACAGAAGGAGGGCAAAGGCGAGGCGCGGUGGGAUGACCCGGGCAGGGCUGUAGGGGUAGGAGCAGAGGCCAGACAGGGGAGACAAGGGGGUGCGGGCGGAGGGGAAGGGGGGAAGAUGGAGCAGGAGGGGCAAGGGGUGGUGGGCGGGGGAGGGAGGGCAGUGGGAGGGGAGGAGGCGGUAGCAGGUGGGGCGGUGUCAGCGGGUGUGCAGCAGAUAAUAGGAGAGGCACAGCACACGGCACAUGCCAUGGUGUCUGCUGCCCUGCACGCCCUCUCCCUCUGCCCCCCUGGCGCUGACCCCUCCCUGCUCCUCUCGCAUGCUCUCUCCUCUCUUCCCCCGCCACAAUUCCCCCCACCACAGUUCCCCUCAGCUCCACCCACCUCCAUCCCUCCACCUGCUGUAGUCCCUCCCACUACUGUUACUCCUGCUGCUCUCCCCGCUGCUCCCUCUGCUCCUCCCGCUACUGCUCCAAUGAUGCAGUCACGGCAACCACAAGGAGCACUGCAGGCGAAUCAGCAGCAACCAGAGCAACAACACCACCACCCAUCACCCUCACCUGCCACCCUUCCGGCCCCAUUUGCUGCAGCUGCAGCUGAUGCAGGCACCCACAAGGAGAGCGCCACUGCACCUGCUCCCCCACCCACUGCACCCACUCGUCCUGCCACUGUACCAGAAAACCCAGCUGCUGUGCCGGCCCCCUCACUAGCUGUCUCCCCAGAGCACCACCGUGUGCUCGUCUCCCCUUCCCCACCAUCCUCUGCCAGUCCUCCCUCCAUUCCCCCCGCCUCCCCAUCGACCACCCUGCCUGUUUUCCCCCCUGCCACCGCACCCACACCAGUAGCAGCGGCAGCAGCAGCAGCAGCAGCAGCAGCAGAUGGUGAAGCAGCGGGGGCAGCAGGGCAUGUGAUCAGCCCGCACCGGUCGUCCACCACCAAGGCCAGACCCCCUCCUCACACCCUCCGGCCCCCCGCCUCCCGCUUCCCCACCUCCCCUCCAGCCAGCACUGCGUGUGCUGCUGGCACCACUGGUGGAUUGGGGAAUGGGGGGACAGGGAAUGGGGGGCUGCAUGAAGCAGGGAAGAGGGAGAGGGAGGAGCGCGGAGGGGAGGAGGAGAAGAGGGAAGGCUGUGGCAGUGGAGGUGCGGAGGGGCAGGUUCGGGAUUCUGGUGCGGGGGAUGUGCAGACGGUCAUGCAACAAUGCCUCGCUUCUCUGCUGCUCGUUCAGGCUGCGUGCAAACGCACUGACUUGUCGGCUUCUGACCUGCGUGACAUCGUUCAUUUCUGCCAAUCGACGCUCUCUUCCGCCGUGUGUUUCGGGCUGCACCUCAACAUCAUGCACGCGCACCUGCAGCACGGGGCGCACUCGCUCGCCCGCCAAUGGCCCGCCUCUGCGCCGCUCCCGCCGGCGCAGCUGCAUGCGCAUCCUCCGGCCCCGGCGGCAUCCGCUGCGCAGAUUUCCGAGGCGUCAGCGGAGCAGCCGGCGGCGGCGGUGGUGGCGGCGGCGGCGACCGCUGCAGGGAGUGGCAGCGCGGAGCGGGAGGGCGCGCGGGCGGAGGGAGGCGAGGUGACUGCGGCGGAAGGGAGGCAGGGGAGCGAGCAGGCGGGAGCGGGACACGUGGCGGCAUCUGAGGGGCUGGCGGUGGACGCGUCGGCGCUGUGGCUGGCGUCGUUCCGCCACAUGUCGGAGUCCGUGGAGUCCGCCGCCGCGCUCUACAACCUGCUGCUCUGCGCGCUGCUGCUCGGCGUCGUCGGCGCUAAGGAGUUGUUUCUGGGCGAGCUAUCGCUGUUGGAGAUGCACAAGCUGGCGGAGCGACUCAUUGGGCACUUCUCCUUCAAGCUGCUGCUGUUGCUCUCGCUGGUAGACGUGCUGGUUGUGCAGCCCGUGUGGCUGCUGUGGUUCGCUGCUGUCACCGCCAUCAAGAUGUUCGGAGUGGUGGGCAAGGAGCGGUCGCAACGUCUGAGUGCUUCACCAUCCGCGCGCCCAUCCUCGCACCUGCGCACGCUCGCGCUGCUGCUCCUCGUGCUGCUCGCCAACCUGCUGCUGGCCGUGUGUCUACUCCCCUUCUUCGCCCCGGCGUCCCCCGCCUCCUCGCCCUCUGCCUCGCGCAAUGUCAUGUCUCCCUGGCCGCGCCUCUCCGUGGGGCUGCUGUUCGCCUACGAGCCGCUCGUCAUUGUCAUUGAUACCACGCAGACGUUGCUGCACUACUGCGUGCAUCUGCUCGAGGCCCACUCGGACCUCCUCGCUGCACACCUACCCCCCGCGCUGCCGCUCCCCUCUCUCUUGGCAUCCUGUGAGUGGGCGGAGCUGCGUUCCUGGCUGCUAUUCAACGUGGCAUUCACAGCAGACGCCUCUUCCACGCUCCUCACCCUUGCGCACUGCGUGCUCGUCCUUCUCAUCCGAGGCUUCUCCUUCUCAGUCAUCGACCUCGUUCUCGUCUUCAACAUACGGACACUCCUCGCCGCCCUCUCCAAGCGCGUGGCCGGCUUCCUUCGUUGGCACGCCGCCCUCCGCCUCCUCCGCUCCACCUUCCCGGACGCCACGCCAGCGCAGAUCACCGCGUUUGCAGACGACUGUGCCAUUUGCCGCGAGCCGCUGUCGUCCGCAAAGCGUCUCCCCUGCGGGCACCUGUUUCACCUGUCGUGCCUGCGCAGUUGGCUAGAGCACGGGUCUCAAGCGCCCUACUCCUGCCCCACCUGCCGCCGCCCGCUUGAUAGCCUCCCCCCCAACGGGCUCUCGUCCCUUUCCCCUCCGCCCCAGCCCCCCCCCGCUGCUGCUGCUGCUGGGGUUGCUGCGAAUCGGCCGGCUCAGGAGGCUGCUUGGGGGGUUGGGUGGGGGCAAGGGGGAGGGGGGGAUGUGGGGAGGGGAGUGGAUCGGGUGUGGGGUGGGGAUGCAGGCCAGGGGGAGGGAGCAAGGGGAGGGCAUGGCGGAGGUCAGGGGGGAGAGGGGCAGCGUGGGGAGGGUGGCGGUGGGGGGAUGGGGGGAGGGGAGCGGCAGGAAGGGGGAGAGAGGGGGAUUGGGGGAGGCCGAUUUUUCUCCUCUUCCAUUUCGCUAAGGGGAAUGCGGUUCAGAGGGGUGAGUGGGAGGUUCAGACAUGCGGGGGAAGAGGGGGCAGGCAGUGGGGCAGAACGGGGGACAGGGGGAGGGGGGGCAGGAGGGGAAGGGGGCGCGCCUGUGCAACCAAGAGGGGGGGCAGCGGCAGGAGGGGGAGAAGCAGGGGAAGCGGGAGAGAGGGGGGGAGUGGCGGGAGGAGGAGGAGGGGAGGAGGUGAGGGGCAGGCGGAGAGGGUGGAGCCUGUGGGGAGGGGGAGGGGAAGGUGCACGGGGGGGAGUGGGGGAAGGUGCACGAGGGGGAGCGGGGGGAUGGGGGAUGGGGAUGCGGAUGGGAGUGGAUGAGGAGAGAAUGGCAGCGAUGGUGGCGCAGGUGGAGGAGGUGCUGCCGCAUGUUCCCUCACAUGCCAUCCGACAGGUGUGUUCCCUCACAUGCCAUCCGCCAGGUGUGUUCCCUCACAUGCCAUCCGCCAGGUGUGUUCCCUCACAUGCCAUCCGCCAGGUGUGUUCCCUCACAUGCCAUCCGCCAGGUGUGUUCCCUCACAUGCCAUCCGCCAGGUGUGUUCCCUCACAUGCCAUCCGCCAGGUGUGUUCCCUCACAUGCCAUCCGCCAGGUCCCUCACAUGCCAUCCGCCAGGUGUGUUCCCUCACAUGCCAUCCGCCAGGUGUGUUCCCUCACAUGCCAUCCGCCAGGUGUGUUCCCUCACAUGCCAUCCGCCAGGUGUGUUCCCUCACAUGCCAUCCGCCAGGUGUGUUCCCUCACAUGCCAUCCGCCAGGUGUGUUCCCUCACAUGCCAUCCUCCAGGUGUGUUCUCUCACAUGCCAUCCACCAGGUGUGUUCCCUCACAUGCCAUCCGCCAGGUGUGUUCCCUCACAUGCCAUCCGCCAGGUGUGUUCCCUCACAUGCCAUCCGCCAGGUGUGUUCCCUCACAUGCCAUCCGCCAGGUGUGUUCCCUCACAUGCCAUCCGCCAGGUGUGUUCCCUCACAUGCCAUCCGCCAGGUGUGUUCCCUCACAUGCCAUCCGCCAGGUGUGUUCCCUCACAUGCCAUCCGCCAGGUGUGUUCCCUCACAUGCCAUCCGCCAGGUGUGUUCCCUCACAUGCCAUCCUCCAGGUGUGUUCUCUCACAUGCCAUCCACCAGGUGUGUUCCCUCACAUGCCAUCCGCCAGGUGUGUUCCCUCACAUGCCAUCCGCCAGGUGUGUUCCCUCACAUGCCAUCCGCCAGGUGUGUUCCCUCACAUGCCAUCCGCCAGGUGUGUUCCCUCACAUGCCAUCCGCCAGGUGUGUUCCCUCACAUGCCAUCCGCCAGGUGUGUUCCCUCACAUGCCAUCCGCCAGGUGUGUUCCCUCACAUGCCAUCCGCCAGGUGUGUUCCCUCACAUGCCAUCCGCCAGGUGUGUUCCCUCACAUGCCAUCCGCCAGGUGUGUUCCCUCACAUGCCAUCCGCCAGGUGUGUUCCCUCACAUGCCAUCCGCCAGGUGUGUUCCCUCACAUGCCAUCCACCAGGUGUGUUCCCUCACAUGCCAUCCGCCAGGUGUGUUCCAAUCAUCCUUCACAUCAUGCAUGCAAUGGAAAAUAGCAUGGGGAGAUGUGCUGCUACAUCUAGCUGCUCAUCUAGCUGCUCAUCUAGCUGCUCAUCUCUGCUCAUAUCUGCUCUUGCUGCAAGGGGAUCAACCACCUCUCCUCCCCUUCACCUCUCCUACCCUUCUCCUCUGCGCCCCUUCUCCUCUGCGCCCCUUCUCCUCUGCGCCCCUUCUCUGCAUCCAUCCACUGCAUCCAUCCACUGCAUCCAUCCACUGCAUCCAUCCACUGCAUCCAUCCACUGCAUCCAUCCACUGCAUCCAUCCACCGCAUCCCUGCGUCCAUCCACUGCAUCCAUCCACUGCAUCCAUCCACUGCAUCCAUCCACUGCAUCCAUCCACUGCAUCCAUCCACUGCAUCCAUCCACUGCAUCCAUCCACUGCAUCCAUCCACUGCAUCCAUCCACUGCAUCCAUCCACUGCAUCCAUCCACUGCAUCCAUCCACUGCAUCCAUCCACUGCAUCCAUCCACUGCAUCCAUCCACUGCAUCCAUCCACUGCAUCCAUCCACUGCAUCCAUCCACUGCAUCCAUCCACUGCAUCCAUCCACUGCAUCCAUCCACUGCAUCCAUCCACUGCAUCCAUCCACUGCAUCCAUCCACUGCAUCCAUCCACUGCAUCCAUCCACUGCAUCCAUCCACUGCUCCCUCCCCUUCACUCCCCUUCACUCCCCUUCACUCCCCCUUCCCUCUGCAAGGCACGGGACAUGCUUACGUGCAUGGGGAGCUGUGCUGCUACAUCCAUCGCGCUCAUUCUUUUCUUGCUCUCGCCAUUGCUUGCUGUUUGUCUGCACACGUGUUUUUCAUGUGGUGCAUGAACCACAUGCAUGCAUGCAUGUGCGCAUGUGCGUGUGUGUUCAUCUGA